CAGUUCUCAUGCGGCGUUCGUUAGAACCGCAACGCAACGGAUUUAAACGGAAAACAGCUUAAAGGAUAAACGUACAAAUACGUAACGGUCUUAGGAACGACACGUGGGUGUAAAAAAGAAACGAAAACAGAAACCACAACUUCAGAUUACAAAAUCUUUAUGUGAUUUAAAAGCGGUGUGGAUUCAUCUGAGAAAAAACAGCUGGCGCACCAAAACUAAAGCAUGCCCAUCAAUUAUUUGAUUUAAUCACCAUUAACGAAAGAUUGAAGUGACCAAAGUGAAAUGAAUUCCGAGGAAUGCCCGCAAUUGGUCAACCUGUGAGUCCUGUGAAUCCUGUGUGAGUGCUGCUGGCUCGAGAAAUGGCCGUGUCCAGUUCAAUUAUGGAAACCGCCGCCCUUUUGGUCCUGCUGCUUGGCCUUUUCAUUCGAAGUGGCUACUGCAUAGACUGCUUCAAAUGCGUAUCCUUCAAUGGAGCCAACAAAGCCUGCGACGAUCCGUUCCACAACAACUACUCCACGGCCAUUUUGGAGUCGCCCUGUAUGGGCGGCCGAAAGGGGCGUGACGGCCUAUUUCCGGCUACCGCUUGCAUCAAGAUCUCCGGCUACUACGACGAAACCGGGAAGACGAUAACGGUGAGGGGCUGUGCCCUGGACAGCGGAACCCUGACCACCGAUACCGAGAUCAUCCGAAUGUCGCACUGCGGAAAGUUUUACUACGAUGGCGAUUACGUGCACGGUUGUCUGCAGAGUUGUAGCGACGCGGAUGCCUGCAACUCGGCCAGGAGACAGGGAGCGAAUCCUGCCGACCUGGAGGCGCUGAUGAGGCACCUGCUUAGCCUGGUGGUGCUCUUAAUCGCAGCCACCAGGUAGCAGCAUCGUUACCAGUAACUUUAGUAUCCGGAACAGAAGCACGAGGCGGAAAUAUCGCGGGGCAGCGAAGAAGACAUUUAAAGCGACUUCGCUGCGCCUGGAAAUUCAUUUCUUUUCCUUCGAAUCUGUCUCUGUGUCUAGGAUCGCACCCAAAUGUAAAAGCACUCGAGCAGCUGCAGCAAGGACACGCUCAACCACACUCUCUCUCACACACAUAAAAACAUUAUGGAAUUCAUCAAGCAAUUAUGUGAUUUAUAAGCGAAUACUUAACAACUAUCAAACAACAAUUGAUGAACACGAACGGAAACUAUUUAGAUGCUAAGCAUUCGAGAGUCGCAAAUCAAAGGAAACAGUGCAACCUAAAUUUAAAUUCUAAUUGCAAUUAUCUUCUAAGGAAGGAAUCUAGACUUUAAAUGCUGUCGCUGCUAAGUUUCUACGGAAAAACUAUGAUUAAUGGAAGGCAGGAAUGGUUUACAAUUUAUAAACGAUAUGUUUCACCUU